AUGAUGUGGCGGUCGGUGCUAGACACAUUUUGGGAUGAAAGGAUAUGGUUACCGCCGAACACAUCAUGGGAAGAUCUUGCACCGGGUCCUGACAAAGCAGUGGUUUACAACGAUUACAGACAUUUGUUUUAUCCCCUGCCCUUAGCACUGGUGCUUUUAUUGUUGCGACGCGUGCUAGAGACUUAUUGGUUCGCACCGUUCGGCAAGUCAUUAGGUAUUAAGAACACAAGACCAAAGAAAGCCCCGAGUAAUCCAAAACUGGAAAACGCAUACCUGACUUCUUCAAAAAUUAAACACAAACAGAUAUGUGCUUUAGCAAAGCAACUAGAUAUGACAGAGCGUCAGGUAGAACGAUGGUGGCGCCUUCGGAGAAGCCAAGACAAGCCUUCCACUCUUGUCAAAUUCAGCGAAAACAUGUGGAGAACAACCUUCUACCUUUACAAUUUCUCCUACGGGCUCUUCAUCCUGUGGGAUAAGGAAUGGCUCUGGGACAUCGACCAAUGCUACAUUGGGUAUCCACAUCAGGGUGUUACAGAUGACGUGUGGUGGUACUACAUGAUAUCAGCAUCAUUUUACUGGGCGCUCACCAUGUCUCAGUUCACGGACGUACGCCGCAAGGACUUUUGGCAGAUGUUCGUUCACCAUAUCGCCACUAUCGCUCUGCUAUCCUUCAGCUGGGUGUGCAACCUGCACCGUAUUGGUACCCUCGUGCUCUUACUGCACGACUGCGCCGACGUAUUCCUUGACAGUGCAAAAGCAGCUAAAUAUGCAAACUACCAACGUUUUUGUGAUGUAGUCUUCGCUCUGUUCGCCAUUGUGUGGAUUAUAACAAGACUUGGGUUUUACCCUUUCUACAUAAUUUGGAGUACAUGGUUCCGAGCCCCUAUGUUGGGUCCGAUAUUUCCUGCGUACUACUUAUUUAAUGGACUGCUAUGUCUGUUAUUGGUUUUGCACCUAGUGUGGACUUGGCUUAUUCUACAGGUAGCAUAUAAAUCCAUCGGUUCAGGACAGAUGGACGGUGACAUUAGAAGUUCAAGUUCUGAAAUAAGUGACAGCUCACAUCAAUCCAACCACAGCACGCCGAGACAUGUCAACAAUAAGAAGGAGGCAUAG